CUUUAGCUGACGUUUGGAUAUCUGUAGCCAGUCUGACAGCGUUUGAAGUGUUUGAGCAGCAGCUGAUCUGAUUUGAGAGAGAGAAAAAUAACAAUGGCAGCAGCUUAUAAAGUUAUCGUAUACGGAGGAAAGGGAGCUCUGGGAACCAAAUGUGUCGAGUUCUUUAAAUCCAAGCACUGGUGGGUUGCUUCCAUUGACCUCAUAUCUAAUGAAGAAGCGAAUGCGAAUGUAAUUGUGAAGAUGAGCGAGUCCUUCACUGAGCAGGCGGAUCAGGUUACCACAGAUGUUGCUAGUCUUCUUGGGGAACAGAAGGUGGAUGCCAUUAUCUGUGUAGCGGGCGGAUGGGCAGGUGGCAGUGCAAAAGCAAAAUCUCUUUAUAAAAACGCUGACUUGAUGUGGAAACAGAGCAUGUGGACAUCAACAAUCUCUAGCCAUUUAGCUACAAAACAUCUCAAAGAUGGUGGCUUGUUGACACUGACAGGUGCAAGUGCUGCCUUGAAUGGGACAGCAGGGAUGGUGGGCUACGGCAUGGCAAAGGCAGCUGUUCAUCAGCUCUGUCAGAGUCUAGCUGGAGAGAAAAGUGGAAUGCCCCCUGGAGCUUCUGCUCUUGCAAUUCUCCCUGUUACCUUGGAUACACCAAUGAACAGGAAAUCGAUGCCUAAUGCAGAUUUCAGCUCCUGGACACCAUUAGAAUUUGUUGCUGAAACCUUAUUUAACUGGACCGAUAACGAAACCAGACCUACUUCAGGAAGCCUUAUUCAGCUUAUUACGACUGGAAGCAAAACUGAACUGAUUCCUGCUCAACUUUAAGAUGGAAUUACUAUAAUAAAAGCACUAACAUGGAAAUCAGUUUGAUUUUUUUCUAAAGUGCCAUUUAGCAUGUUCAGUCAGAGUUGAAUGAUACCAGUCUCAAUUUGGUGGGCAGGGGAAUAAUUAAAUACUUGAUUUCAACAUAACAUUUCACUGAUGACUGGUUCCCGUAUCUUGCCAGUUUCUCCAUUUAAUGAUUUGGACUCCCCUUUGCCACUUUAUUUUUCCUUUCAAAUUUUUUUUUGAUGCUAUUACUUACUUUAUCUCUUUUUGAUGCACAAUGAGUCCACAGAGUUAUUUGAAAUCAGAAAGUAGUUUGGACAAUGCAAGUCAACCUUCACUGCCCUAAUCUUUCUAAUGUCUUGUUUACUUGUGAGAUAGAUAUACAGUUUAACUCUAUCAUUGAGUGUUUUUUUGUAAUUAAACCCUGCUCAAUGUCAAAAUACCCCAUUUAAAUAUGCAAAUUGAUUUCAACAAAUGGUGAAACUCACUCCUCCAACAAGUUUAAACAAAUCUCAGAGUUCAAAAUAGGAUGAACAGCUUGAAGAGAAUCUCUACUCAAAACCUGAUGACAGGAAUGAAUAUUUUGACCUAAUGCAACAGGUUAUUCUAAGUAGAGGCAUAACAAAUGAAAUAAAUUUGUUCGAUUCAAUUGAAUUCAUCACAAUUGCAUUGAAAUUUUACCCCGAGUGUAACUGGGGCAUUGAUGGAGGGCAAUACCAAACACUCAGAUUUUUAAGAUCACCAAAUCAUGAAAGAAAGAAGGAAUAUAAAAGAACAUUUAAGUUAUAUAUAUAUAUAUAUGUAUGUACCCAUAUGAACACACAUAAAGGGAAGAUCCAUGUCAUUAUAACAGAAAUUACCUGAAUCUUUCAAUGAACAGACCAGCCAUAGAUACUGACUGCAUUGAUUUUUAUCACACCUCAUUGAAUUCACCCUCUUGCAUCUCGGUAAUUGUUCUUGUCCCUAAAACAGCAGGACACUUAAAUAGGCUUUACUGUUCUUUAAGUCUCAAUACUUAACAUUAAUUCCAAGGUUGAAAGUACCAAUAUUGAAAUAUACUAGAAGAAAAUGCUAUCAGUUAAUCCCUACAAUCUCAUUUAAUAUUCACAUGUUUGUGAAGCUGUUGUGUUCAUUGAUGCAAAUCAUGAUUUAUUUAUCCCAUACUUCUCAGUAGGCAUAUGAGAAACAUUGUUUAAGGGGUUUUUUUUAGAUAAAUGCUUCAAAACUUUCAAUCAGUUUGCGCAAUUAAUUUAACACUUAAGUUAUCAAAAUAUGGUUUAUGUAUGUAUUUAUAAAUGACUUGAAUAAAAAGAUGGUAGUUAAGCAUAGGAGGUGUAUAUUUUGUUCAUCGAUUUCCCCAGUCCUGUUUUCCAAUUAAGAGGCAAGUAAGUAACUUGCUGCUAGGUAUACACAAUUACUUUAGAACUAGUUACCAGAAGGUUUGGGCAGAUGCUUCGGUCAAAAUGCCAUUUAAUUACUUUUAAUUGUUUCCUCUUUCUGUGGAAAUGCCUCCCAUUCCCUUUUCAUGCCUUGGCCAGCAAAUUGAGGUAAAAAACUUGUGUGGGAAAAUCUGUGUGGACAAAUCCAUUCUAAUUACACGGAAAAAGUAUUUUAAAAAUAUUAAAACUUACAAAAGUGUCACCAAGUGCGAAAAUAAAAAGGAAACAUUUUUCGCUGCAGUGGUUUUACAAUCCAGUUUGUAUGUUAGGUGGUGAUACAUUUCCUUUUUGAAAAUUCUUAAGUGCUCUAGUUUUGUUUGCCUGUAUAACUAUAUGUGAGUGCUCCUGUGUAUGACAGUACCAAUACAAACAUCAUACUGCUUUACACAAAUGUAUUUUUGUAUCUUGUUGCCCUGUGCACCUUGACUCUUAAUGUGUUGUGUAAAAUGGAGAUAUUAGGAUCAUUGAUAUUUGUAUUUCAGCCUUGUAACCCAUGAAUAAAACAAAAAUUACUUUCUUGUUUA